AUUCCUUCGCCUUCCACAGCCCCAAAAAGGACAUGUAUAUCAUCCAUUGACCUCACGAGCGCUUUCUCAGUCCAACUUCUUUCAUCCAAACACCAUACAAAUCGAUCGUUCGUGAUAUACACAACAACCCGAACAUCCAGACCCGUUUAUAACCUGACCAAUCGUACCAAUCCCAUAUCCGACCGUUGGGACGCAAUUGCAAUUGCAAAUUAACAUUACCCCGCCAGAAACGAAAAAAAUACCUAACCAAGGUGCAUAAGCAAAGACAACAGCCUCAACCCCAAAUCGAACAAUAUCAUUCAAAAUGUCUGAAGAGUGGGAUACCGUCACCAAGAUUGGAAGCAAAGCCCGUGGCGGCGCAUCUCAACGCGAGACCGUCGUGCGCGGGAGCUCAGCCCUAAACGCCGCGAAGCGCUCCGGAGGAGCUAUUUCAACUGAGAAGAAGUACGCCACCGGUAACACUGUCGGCAAAGGCCCCGAAGGCCAACGCCUAACGAAAGUAGACCGAAGCGACGACAUCAUCAAACCGAACACCGUAGGCAAGGAGGUCGGCGACGUGAUCAGCCAGUCGCGGCAGAAGAUGGAGCCGAAGAUGACGCAGAAAGAUCUCGCGACAAAGUGCAACACAACACCCUCUGUGAUCGCUGACUUCGAGCGCGGCACCGCCACCCCCGACCAGAAGGUACUCUCCUCUAUGGAGCGCAUCCUCAACGUCAAGCUCCGCGGCACCGGUAUCGGCGAGCCCAAGUUCAAGUCCAAGAAAUAAGAGAAACGCAGUGAACCUUACUGAAAGGAUGAUCCCAACCCAUCACUCGGUAACCCUAAGAGAUAUAACCAGGGUGUUCGCGAGUAUGUAAGGGAUGGGAAGACGAUGAUCUGGUUGAUAUUAAUCAGAUCACAGUCGAGUUGCUUGUAUGAUGAGAUUAUUUAAGAGGCUCAACGGGGAUCGGGAUGAAUGACACAUAGCAAUGUCAUAUAUCUCACCCCUUUAGCCAUAUACGGCUGAGCUGCGUAGCAUAGCACAUGCGUGGGUCGGCUUCCGUUGCGAAGGAGAGUCGACGACGGAUCGACUCUCGUGCAUUCCGCUGCUUUAGACAGGAAAUAGAAAAAGUUACCAUUAAAACAUAUACGUUCUACAUUUAUGUC